AUGAGCGAGUGCACGGCCCGGGCGCGGGAGCUGCGAGGGCGGGCAGUUCAGCGUUACCCUCCCGCCGCACGGUGCAAAACUUUCAAAAGAUGCGGCGGCCGCAGCCCCGCCCCUACACGGUUGGUGGCAACGGGCGGCGGGGGCGGAGCCGGCGGGCCCGGGCCGGUGGCUCCGCCUCCUCCCGCCGCCGCCCGGCCGCCUAGCUUCUGGCGCCCGCCCCAGCUGCCGCCCGCCGGCUUGCCGGUGCAGCAGCGAUGCCCCGGAGCCCGACCCCGGCCCCGGCCCCUAGUCUGCCGCGCAAUUAGCCCCCGCGAGCGCGCCGCCGCCAACGCCGCGCCUGGAGGCAGCAAUGGGCAACACGGUGCACAGGACCUUGCCAGCCCUCGGCGCGCAGCGGGCUGGAGUCCCCGGCGCCUCUCGGACCCCGGCUCUGUGCGCGCCCUGCGGCUGGGCUUUGCGCUCCGGGAGGGCGGUUACCGCGUCCUGGUUACCUUGGGGACCCCCAUCCUCAUUCUCCGAGCUUUGACCAAAUGCGCGAAGUGGACGCUGGGGCGAUGCCGCGCUCCCCUUCGCCUUUGUUUCAGCCCGAGGGCGCUAAGGAGCCCGGGGCGCUGGGGGCGGGGAGGGGGGGGACUGGAGCCUGGCUGGCUCCGGCUUCCGACCGCCAGAAGCGCCCGUUGUGCCGAAACUACAGCUGCUGAGAAAUCUAGCCCGCCAGCACGCCUCCUGACCACGCGGCCGUGCUGCGGCCCCGGCCCGGAGCGGCGCCCGGUCUUGGGUGAGGCACCACGCUUCCACGCGCAAGCCAAGGGCAAGAAUGUGCGGCUGGACGGCCACUCGCGCCGGGCAACACGGCGCAACAGCUUCUGCAACGGCGUCACAUUCACGCAGCGACCCAUCCGGCUGUAUGAGCAGGUGCGGCUACGCCUGGUGGCCGUGCGCCCGGGCUGGAGCGGCGCAUUGCGGUUCGGCUUCACUGCACACGACCCGUCGCUCAUGAGUGCCCAUGACAUUCCCAAGUAUGCCUGCCCCGACCUCGUCACGCGGCCCGGCUACUGGGCCAAGGCGCUGCCCGAGAGCCUGGCGCUGCGUGACACCGUGCUGGCCUACUGGGCCGACCGCCAUGGCCGCGUCUUCUACAGCGUCAACGACGGUGAGCCCGUGCUCUUCCACUGCGGCGUGGCAGUGGACGGUCCGCUCUGGGCGCUCAUCGACGUCUAUGGCAUCACCGAUGAGGUGCAGCUCCUGGAGAGCGCCUUCGCCGACACGCUGACACCGGCGCGCCUCAGCCAGGCCCGGUUCAGCGCCUGCCUGCCGCCCAGCAGCCACGACGCGGCCAACUUCGACAACAACGAGCUCGAGAACAACCAGGUGGUGGCCAAGCUGGGACACCUGGCCCUGGGCCGCGCCCUGGGCCCGCCGCCUGCCGACGCCGCGGCCGCCGCCAUCCCGUGCGGGCCCCGCGACCGCCCGCGUCCCGCGUCGUCGCCCGCGCUGCUGGAGGCCGACCUGCGCUUCCACACGACGCGCGGCCCCGACGUGAGCCUGUCCGCCGACCGCAAAGUGGCCUGCGCUCCGCGGCCCGAGGGGGGCCGCACGCUCGUCUUCUCCGAGCGCCCGCUGCGGCCCGGCGAGAGCCUCUUCGUGGAGGUGGGCCGCCUGGGGCUGGCGGCGCCCGGCGCGCUGGCCUUCGGUAUCACGUCGUGCGACCCGGGCGCGCUCCGGCCCACCGAGCUGCCAGCCGACCCCGACGCGCUGCUCGACCGCAAGGAGUACUGGGUGGUGGCGCGCGCCGGGCCCGUGCCCAGCGGCGGCGAUGCGCUCAGCUUCACGCUGCAGCCCGGCGGCGAUGUGCUCCUGGGCAUCAACGGGCGCCCGCGUGGCCGCCUGCUGUGCGUCGACACCACGCAAGCACUCUGGGCCUUCUUCGCUGUGCGCGGUGGCGCUGCUGGCCAGCUGCGCCUCCUAGGCACCCUGCAGUCCAGCCCUGCAACCACGUCUCCGUCAGGAUCCCUCAGCGGAUCCCAGGACGACAGCGAUUCUGAUAUGGCCUUCAGUGUCAACCAGUCCUCCUCGGCAUCUGAGUCAUCCCUGGUGACAGCCCCCAGCUCCCCGCUGAGCCCCCCAGUGUCACCAGUAUUCUCCCCACCGGAGCCAGCAGGCAGCAAGAGCGGUGAGUGCACGGUCUGCUUCGACGGCGACGUGGACACGGUUAUCUACACGUGUGGACACAUGUGCCUGUGCCACAGCUGUGGCCUGCGGCUCAAGAGGCAGGCCCGGGCCUGCUGCCCCAUCUGCCGGCGGCCCAUCAAGGACGUCAUUAAGAUCUAUAGGCCGUAGCCUGACCCACCAAUGGGUCUUGGCCGCAGCAAGGUCACCUUUCUGAAAGCCCCCAGGCCGGGCAACCACCAUGACCGCCAGGGAGUCCAAGGGCAGUGGCCAUCUCGUCUGCCACUCCCCAGUGGAGGGCAGGGCCUGAUAGUUGUGGAGAUGAGGCCCCAGUGGUCUGAGCCCAGGCAAGGGCUCAAAGUGCUUUGCCCCCAAAAGGCCAUCCCAAGAGUGAGCUCAGAAACUGCCUGGCGAAUCACCCUACCCGUUGGUGACUUUUCAGCAGGGAAACAGCGUCUUCUGUCUGUGCAAUGCUUUUUCUGGGGUUGGGUGGAGUGUAUGUGAGGGGGAGGGAGGGAAACAGAAAAAAUGAGAGAAAUAGAGAAUGUGGGAGUGAGAGAAUGAUCGUGUGAGAGAACGCAGAAGUAUUUCAUACAGGGAUCCUGGCUGCAGGAGGCUAUCUAACACUGAGGUAUGUGCAAUCUAGAGCCCAGGUGUUAGCAUGACUAGAAAUUGUUCACUUUCCGGGGAUGUGACGUAGCUGGUUUUGAAUGUACGAAGCCUGAACCUAAAUAGAACUCCCUUGGCCGGUAUAGAAAAGGAACACUCAAAUUUUCUAAGAGGAGGAAAAAAUAACUCAUUGUUUACAGCUCCAAAGCGGCAACUCCUUGGGGGGAAGGUGGGUGGGGAACAUAAAAGAACAACUUGCUUUUUUAGUUUCUUACUCAGUCUUUGAGAGGAAUUUUGACAAAAGCCUUGGGGUCCAGAACUCUGGGCUGUGUCAUUGUCCCUGAAAGUUUUCUUACCCCCAGACAGCCUAACAAUAAGCACAUUGCACCUUGACCCAGACUCUUAGAAGCUUUUUGUCUCCUGAGUCGUUGUGACACCCUUGCCCUCUCGAGGAGAAGACAAGCAGCAGGUUCUCUUUUCCUGGGGAGGGAAAGAAUCCUGGAGGCAAGUGACUCACCUGAAGUUGGAAAGGCCACUCCAUAGUGCAGAGAAGUCUCUGCAUUUCCCGUUGUAACCACCGGGCCUGGCAUUAACCAGGGGCUGUGGGCAUUCCCAGGCAACCUGCCAGGAGGUAGCAGAGGAACCAGGGCUCUUGCCUGGGCCAUGGAACUGGGCUCUGUUCUGAUUCUCAGCUUACCUGCUCCUGCUGAUUACUAAGGUGUUCACUGAUAGUUACAAUGUUAACUACUGAUUGGUGCCAGUACCAGUUGCUGUCGAGUCGGUUCCAACUCAUGGCAAUUCCAUGUGUGUCAUAGUAGAACUGUGUUCCAUAUGGUUUUCAAUGGCUGAUUUGGCACCUCUGGGUGGACUCGAACUGCCAUCCUUUGGGUUAGCAGCUUGGUGUGUUAACCACUUUGGAGUCCCACCCAGGGAUUCCAGUAAUUGAGACAGUAACUGAAAAUGCUGACAUUGUGAUUUUCCCCCUCCCCAUUUCCUGGUACUCAGACUCCUGGAACACACCUGGGCUGAUGGGCUGCACAGGCCAGCUCUCCCUUCCCCCUAGUUCUGGUUCUCUCUCUGCCCUGUCUUGUGCUGGACCCUUAGGGAAGUCCCAUUGCCUGUUUCUCAGUUCCCAUCCUGUCAACGAGGGAGCCUAAAACCACUUCAAGAGCUCUUGCGAGGAUCACCACGGCAUCCUAAAGAGCCUGAGACACCUUGCAAAGAGCAGGUAUCAUUUUUAUUACAAUUCCCAACCUGUUCAUCUGCUGAGGGAGGCUGGAGAGAAGAGAGCAUUUGGAGGUUUAUGCAACCAUUGCUGCGUGCCAGAGCCAGGCCAGGAGCUCAUCAGACCAAGUUCAGUAAAGCCAGCUGACGCCUGAGGUCUGAGGCCAACCAUUUCUUCUCUGGCUGAGUACCCAUGGUUUUCUGAGUCCAUCUCAGCCUAGAAACCCCACUCUUGCCCCUGCAAGAACCCGUAAUUAAAAAAAAAAGUUGCCGUUGAGUCAACUCCAACUCAUGGUGACCCCAUGUGGGUCAGAGUAGAACUGUACUCCAUAGGGUUUUCAAUGGCUGAUUUUUCAGGAGUAGAUCACUAGGUCUUUUUUCUGAAGUGCCUCUGGGUGGACUUGAACCUCCAGCCUUUCGGUUAGUAGCCAAGUGCGCUGUCUAUACCACCCGGGAACCUUAUUGGUUGCUCUUACCUUGUGAAUUUGGGGGACGUGCUCACAUUUUAAUUUUGCAGCAGAAUCUUUUGAGGAGCUUUGGAGCCCCCAAGAUAAGAGUUUGAGAGUAUUAGGUGGCCCUCAAUGCCCAGCUGACUUUGGUCAGCUGGAGCCUUACCUUCCCCCAUGGCUGAGUGUGGGCAGAGCCACAAACGGGCCUCAUACAGGCCUUGUGUGAGAGGCCUUGGCUUUGCCACCCCAAGACUUUGGUUCUCCAGGCAGCAGGCCCUCUGCCUGGAUCGAGCCAUGGUCGCAAUGCUCCAGUGGUCUCAGCAGUCUGGGGGAGCUGCUUCUCUCUCUCACCACUUGCCCUUCCUGGUGGUCCUCUUGGGUUCCUGGCUGGGUCAUAUACAACUACCCACCACUGCAUAUACAACUAACACCAGGAAACCAGUGAGUGAGGGCCUAGGGGAGACCAGGCCGUGCCCCUGGCGAACUAUUAGCUGGGAAGAAAGGAGCCAGUGGCCUGUUUAACCUGCUCUACAGCCUCUAUAAAUAGCAUCCCUGUUUCCAAGAGCAGUUUAAGGGGUGUUUAUCUUCUAAAAACCAGACAUUUCCUGAUGCUCUGAACUGAUUUAUUCAAUGCUAGGCAGGAGAUGCUCACACCCCUCCCUGUUCUGUUUUGUAAAGGGAGUAGGAGAAAGGAAAGGGAACCACUUUUUAAAAUUUUUGCAUGUAUUGUGUGUCUAGGCACUGGGCUAAGAGGGGUCGCCACGCAUUCAUCCUGGGAGUCAGGUCUUUUUGCCACACUGAGGCGUAUCUAAGGCACUGUCGAUUGUAAAACACAUAAUUCUAUGUGCCACAAAGGGAAUAAGGCCGAUGUUAACUGUAACAGGCCACAACUCUGUAACUCAUUCCGAUCAGAGGUGUUAAAAUGCUAUGGAACCCCAGAAAACCAAACCUGUUGUCAUUGAGUCGAUUCCGACUCACAGCGAGCCUACAAUGAGUGAAAUAUGGUAUUGCCCUCACUUGGCAGAUGAGUGAACUGAGAUCUUUCAAGUGGAGUGGCUUACUAGGGUCACACAGCAGAAAGCAUCAGGGCCGGGGUUCAAACCAGGAACGUCUGGUGCCAAGUCCCAGCUCUCCGCCGCCUGGGUGGCACAACCAGUUAAGCGCUUGGCUACUAGCCAAAAGGUUGGCAGUUUGAACCCACCCAGAGGUGCCCUUGAAAGACAGGCCUGGCAAUCUACUUCUGAAAGGUCACAGCCUUGAAAACUCUAUGGAGCGCUUCUACUCUGCACACAUGGGGUCACUAUGAGUCAAAGUAAAUUCGAUGGCAACCAACCACCACCACCACUACCUGGCUCCAUGUCCCAGGACGCCUGAGGCUGCCCAAGUUGUCUUCUUUAAAACGCACCUGGGCAGCCCCUCUUGGAGAGAGACUGGGCACCUGCGCUUGCACGGAGGGAGUUAGAAAAGAGAACCAGGGUUCAAGCCACAGAACCUGGCCCCUCUGCUGCGCACACCCUGGAAGGAACCAGAGUCCUUUCUUUCAGGCUCAUCUACCACGGCCCGCCUCCCAUGGAGCUGAGCUACGAGGUCCAGACUCCAACCCCAGGGCCUUCUCCUGUCCCGUGAGGUGUCCCUGUCCCCCCACCCCUUCAGCAGGGCCCAGCCACUGAGCGCUGCCUCACGGGACCCAGCCUCCUGUUGUGUGGGUUCACUGCUCUGUGUGUGUGCCCUUCUGUGCCACCACAACUAGGCCUCCAGGGGUAGCACAGGGGAAAUCAGAAGACACCUCCUUUACUUGUAGCCUGUGCAUUUUGAACCUCUAGAGAAAUGGCUGUUUUCAAGGCAAAACAAGCUCCUUUUUCUAGAACACACCCAGGGCAGAGUGUCUGCUGGGCUUUCACUGCUUAGGGGCCCCUGCUUCCCCACCCUGAAUGCAACAACACUUUUCAGUCAUUCAGCUCCCACCAGUCAGCCUGUGUGGUGUUCUGAACACAGAAUUGGAAAUCAGCACUGAAGGUGAAGCCCUCAAGGAGCCCAGGGUCCAGAUGAUGGGGAGGGGAGACUAAACUUGUAUCUUAUCCCUCCUCUGUGUCUCUGUAUCAGGCCCUGUGCUAGCACCUAGUAGGUACUCACUGAAGAUUUGCUGAACUAGAAAUCAAGAUGCGAACGGCCAAGGGUUUAAUAAACAGCUCCACAAACACA